UUAUAUUAUGUGUACUUCUGUGUUCAUAAUGUUCAUCUAUGCCACAUAACCUGAAACGUUAUUUUGGCGGUUUAUUUGCAGCAACACAAGUUCUACAACAUGGAAGAGACUGCAAAAAACACGACAGAAAUCAGCGACUUGGCCACCCUGAAGACGUUCCUGGCCGAGGAAGACAACGCCCAAAACGUCGUGUAUAUGAGCCCCAUAUCGGAGAUUUGCCAUGAUUAUCCCUGUAUUCUGGGCAUCGACGAAGCAGGGCGAGGGCCUGUGCUGGGUCCCAUGGUGUACGGCACCGCGUUUAUCCCAAUUAACGAGCAAACGCUGCUGGAGACGUUGGAGUGUGCCGACUCAAAGGCCCUGAACGAAGAGAAACGCGACCAAAUUUUCGAGAAAAUUUGCCAGAACCAGCUAAAAAUUGGUUGGGGCGUCGAAGUCAUUGCGCCCACUUCCAUCUGUAAUAGCAUGCUCAGUCGCUCCAAGUACUCCCUAAAUCAGGUGUCGAUGGACUCAGCCGUGGGGCUGAUCAGAGCCGCUCUAGAGCGCCAAGUCAAUGUGAAGCAUGUGUUUGUUGACACAGUAGGCAAACCGGAGAAGUACCAAGUGUACCUGAAGUCCCUGUUCCCAAAGCUGGAUAUCACGGUGGCCAAGAAGGCCGAUUCCACCUACCCGGUUGUGUCCGCGGCCAGUAUUUGUGCCAAAGUCGUCCGAGAUCACGCCCUCAAAGUCUGGGACUUCAGGGAGAAUGUGGACGUGAAAGAGUUCGGCAGCGGAUACCCAGGUGAUCCAGUGACCAAGAAGUUCCUGGUCUCCCACUGCGACCCAGUGUUUGGUUAUCCGCAGCUGGUGCGCUUCAGCUGGUCCACGACUGCAAAUGCCUUGGAAAAUACCGCUUACCAAGUCGACUGGGAGGAGGCCGAUAACACGGAGGAUGGGAUGAGUAAAACGCCCUCGAUAACAGCAUUUUUCAAAAUGACCAAUCAAAAGCAAGCUAGGAAACGGCACGAUUUUUUCACCCAACGCUGCUUGACAAAUAACGUGGAUUUUUAAGUUGAAAGCCUGAUUAUUAUACACAUUUCAACAUUU